CGCCAUUUUUGCAAAGGGAGAAGAGACUGGUUUGAGGGGAUCUAAUUUCUAAAAAGUCGCCGUUGACUAGGGCACUGUUUUAACGGUUUCCACGUAACUCCUUGUCAAAAUCUGUCUCCCCGCGUAGCACCAGAGGACAGGGACUUUUGGACAGGGGAGGACUAUUUAGAGCACAAGUAGAAAUCCAAACAUUUUACAGCGUUGCUAGUGAUCCGCAGUGUGUGGACUCAAGUAUUGUUUUGGUUGUGGAAGCUGUGUGGAAAGCGACGGGGGUCUCACCCAGGUCCCCUUAUUCGCUACUCGGAUCCUCCAGAGUGGACAUAAAACGGCCUUGUGGAUGCACUUAGAUGUCUGCAAUGACUGCUGUGGCUGGCAUGCCUCAGUGUUUUGGACUCCCAUUCUCUGGACUCAGUAGGACAAGAACUGAUCAGCAGAGAACGUCAUGAGCAUAGUCAUCCCAGUAGGGGUGGACACAGCAGACACCUCAUACCUGGACAUGGCUGCGGGCUCAGAACCAGAAUCGGUGGAGGCCAGCCCUGUGGUGGUGGAAAAGUCCAGCUACCCACACCAGAUCUACAGCAGCAGUUCCCACCAUUCCCACAGUUACAUUGGCCUGCCUUACGCUGACCAUAACUAUGGGGCUCGGCCCCCACCUACACCACCAGCCUCCCCUCCCCCCUCCAUGUUGAUCAGACAAGGAGAGGGGGGGUUGUUUGUUCCAGGGGGCCAGGACGAAGCAUCCAGGGGCACCACACUCAGCACCUCCGAGGAUGGCAGCUACGGGGCUGACAUCACCCGCUGCAUCUGUGGCUUCACCCACGAUGACGGCUACAUGAUCUGCUGUGACAAGUGCAGUGCCUGGCAGCAUAUAGACUGCAUGGGCAUUGACAGGCAGAACAUUCCUGAGACCUACCUGUGUGAACGCUGCCAACCUCGACACCUGGAUAGAGAGAGGGCCAUUCUGCUGCAGACCAGGAAAAGAGAAUGUCUGUCUGAUGGGGACACUAGUGCUACAGAGAGUGGAGAUGAGGUGCCACUAGAGCUCUACUCUACCUUCCAACACACGCCUACCACCAUCACCCUCACGACCGCGCGCCUCGGGAAUAAGCAGGUUGAUAAAAAACGCAAAAAGAGCGGCGAUAAAGACCCUCCAGCAUCCUCUGCCCGAGCUAAAAAGGCCUUCAGAGAGGGGUCCAGAAAAUCCUCAAGAGUAAAGGGUGCAGCUCCAGAGCAGGAGCCAACGGAGCACCCGUCUCUGUGGGAGAACAAGAUCAAGACGUGGAUGGAGCGUUACGAGGAAGCCAGCAGCAAUCAGUACAGCGAGGAUGUCCAGGUCCUGUUGCGUGUUAAAGAGCAAGGCGACGGCAAGAGCCUGGCGUACAACACGCACCCAGCCUCUUUCAAACCACCUGUGGAGAGUCAAGUUCAGAAGAACAAGAAGAUCCUCAAGGCGGUGCGAGACUUGGCACCAGACUCCCUCAUCAUUGAGUACAGGGGCAAGUUUAUGCUCCGACAGCAGUUUGAGGCCAAUGGAUACUUCUUCAAGAGGCCAUACCCAUUUGUGUUAUUUUACUCCAAAUUUGACGGACUGGAGAUGUGUGUGGACGCCCGCAGCUUUGGCAAUGAAGCACGCUUCAUCCGCCGUUCCUGUACCCCUAAUUCUGAAGUGCGACAUGUCAUUGAGGAUGGCAUGCUGCAUUUAUAUAUCUACUCACUGAGGCCUAUCACCAAGGGCACAGAGAUCACCAUUGGUUUUGAUUUUGACUAUGGCAGCUGUAAAUACAAGGUGGACUGUGCGUGUGUGAAGGGGAACCAGGAGUGCCCGGUGCUAAAGCACAACCUCGAACCCACAGAGAACCUGGGAUCCGGAGGCAGGCGCAGAGGGAGUCGCAAGGACAAGGAGACGGUCCGGGACGACCAGGGCCAGAACCAAAACGUGGGUUUAGAUGGCGAGGGAAAGGGCAAGAGCGUAGGCGACGGCAAGCAGAGGAAACUCUCUCCUCUUCGCCUCUCCAUCUCAAACAAUCAGGAUCCUGAGUUAUAUGAGGAUCUAGAAGACAAAACCUCCGUUAGCAAUGAAGUAGAGAUGGAGUCAGAGGAGCAGAUUGCAGAGAGGAGGAGGAAGAUGGCCAACCCAGUGGAGCAGUCCCAUCUCCCUGUCGGGGCGGCUUCCAGCUGGAAGGGACUGAAACACAAGGAGACGCGAGAGGAGAGGAAGAUGGAGGCCAUCCUGCAAGCCUUUGCCCGAAUGGAGAAGAGAGAGAAGCGCAGAGAACAGGCACUAGAGCGAAUCGGUAGCGUCAAGACGGAGGUUGGUGGACGCAGUGACAUCAAGGAGGAGCCGCCAGCCACACCGGAGAUGGCUGAUUCCCCAACUGUCAUGCAGCCACUUCUGGAGGUGAAAGAAGAGCCCGGACUGAAGCCGGCCAAAGUCAAAGGCUCGAGGAACAGGAAAAGUUUCUCUAGGAACCGAACGCACAUCGGCCAGCAGCGCAGACGAGCUCGCACCAUCAGCACCUGUUCUGACAUACCCCCCGGAUCUCCGGCUGAAUCUCUGGAGCCUCUGACCAAUGAAGCCCCUGAAGGAGAAAUGCCCAGCGCACCGGAGCCGGAGCUCAUCUCUUCCCAAGCACCAGACGACAGCCCUCCGCACAGCAGCUCACCUGCACCUGACAGAAACCGCAGUGGGAGCAAGAGCUUCAAAACUAAAAAGCACUUUGUGAGUGAGUGGGUGGGAGAGAAGCAGCAGGACCGUUGUGCAGUGCGAACCCCCGAGCCGGUUCCAGAGAGGCCACUGAGAAUAAGCAGUGACCCCGAAGUACUCGCCACCCAGCUUAAUGCCCUACCAGGCAUGGCGUGCUCGCCGCAGGUUUACAGCACGCCCAAACACUACGUCCGCUUCUCGUCCCCAUUCCUGGCUAACCGCAGCCCCACCACUCCUGGAGUUCCCACCGGGAGACGGCGUUCCAGAGAACUGCCUGAAACGCCGCCGACCACUGGCUCCUGCAAGAAGCGAUGGUUGAAGCAGGCUCUAGAGGAGGAGGGCUCCACCAGCCCAGCCAGACGACCGAGCCUCCUCAUGCCUAGUGAGGGUCCUCUCAGCCCCUCUAUUAACGGAGACUCUGACAGCCCUCUUCCCUACAACGGCACCUGUUCACUACCAGAGUUGCCCACACCUUUGAAAAAACGGCGGUUGAGUCCGUUAGAUGCCUGUAUGUCCGAGAGCUCGACGCCCUAUGGUUCCCCUUGUGCCACGCCCACCCGCGCAGACCAGUCGGAGGCACCCGCAACACCCAUCUUACUGGCUACCCCACCACGUCCCCGAACUGAGGAGCCGAGUACAGAGAAUAUGCCCAGUACCCCAACACAGACACUUAAUACCCCGCAGGAGAGUGAAUCUUCAGUGGAAAGCUCCCCAGAGGUCAGCCGGAAACCCAGCGUGCAAGAGGCCGAUCGCCCUCCUUCGUUGGUCUCCUCUCCCUGCGUCAGGGCUCCCAGUUCAGAUGGAGUCCAGGUGGACGUUAAGGUGUCGGUUCCUGAGAGUCCACAGCCCCCAGCUGCUGAGUCUGUGGACAGUGGAGAGGACAGGGCUGAUGGUGGGAUUUUAGAAGGCAGUAGUGAGGCUUCCUCCUCCACAGAAACAUGUGCUUCCUCUUAUCCUGGCUGGAUAAAAAGCCCAGAAAGAUGCCCGACUGGACCAGCUGGUCUGAACUUCUCCCCAGUCAACUCGAACUUAAGAGACCUCACCCCCUCACAUACCCUGGAGCCUCUGGUAGCUCCCUUUAGGCCUGAAGCUGCAGCUGGAGCUGCAGCUGCGCCCGCAGCAGGAACGGGGUCAUUGGUUGGCUCUCAGCCCCCCUUCAGUGAAGGCCAGGGGCAGCUCUUUUACCCCUGCUCUGAGGAGGGAGGUUCGCUCGGCUUCUCACGCUCACUGAACGGGGACAGCACCGGUGAGGGAGGGUCAGCGCAGAACCCUCCACAGAAGAAGAAGGUCUCCCUGCUAGAAUACAGGAAACGACAACGCGAAGCUCGUCGCAGCGGCUCCAAAACCGAGUGCAGUUCCCCCGUUUCCACUGUGCCACCUUUAACAGUGGACGCCUUCCCCGUUGCCCUGGAGACCACCAGUGAGCCCUCUCUACCCCCUGCUCCUACGCCUCUCUGCAACACCAACGUUACCACUGUCAAAGAACCCCAGACUAAUGAGGAGACGACAGAGCCCGCCGGAGAGAAAGGGGAGAAGGAAGGAGGAGAGGGACAGUGGUACGUUUUCUCAAAGCUACAGACGUCGUCCACUUCUGUCGAGCAGGCGCGAGAACGCAGCUACCACCGAGCUUUACUGCUCAGCAAAGAUAAAGAUACAGACGGUGAGACAGAAGGUGGUGAUACGCCUGCGCUGAGAGAUUGUCCAUCUCCGAGUCUUCAAAAGACCCCAACCCAUGCACCCGGCUCUCCUGGUCCUCUCGGCACUGCCCAGCCCCCCACUCGGCCGGCGAAGGAGGAAGACGGCGACGGACAGCCUCGGACGCCAAAUCCAACCAGCCAGCCGACGAGCAAGCCUGCAGGCUCCAAACCGACCCCUGUGACGCCGACGAAGCUGCACCCGGCGCCAUUACCCUCCUCUCCGGUCCACUACCCCGGACCCUCUCUUCUUCACUCCCCAAAGCCUCAGCCUCAGGGCUCGCCCUACCGCAGCCAGAGGGCGCUGUUCUCUGCGCAGCCUCAAAACCAAACCCAGCCACAGGCUCAGACUGGCCCCCCCUCUUUUCCCCAAUAUAACACGCAAGGCGCUCCACCACCACCACCUCCACCUCCACCUCCUGCGCCUCCGACCUCAACAGCCUACUUCCCCAGUCAGAGCCCCUCACCUGCUGGACCGUUCCCUGGGUUUAAACCUGCCGUUACACCCCCCUACCCUCCAGGUUCUCAGCCCAUGAUGCAGACUCUUCCCCACGGCGUGCACUAUCAGAGCUCUGCUGCCCCCCCACCGCCUCCUCCUCCGCCCCCACACCCGAUGCCCGGCCCCACGCUGCUACACGUCAACCUGCAGCCUCCUCCCAUCCAGCAGCACCAGCUCCUGCUGACGAGCGCCCCCCCUCCGCCUCCUCCCCCACAGGGCCAGACCUCCCAGCAACAGCAGCAGCCCCCCUCUAGCAGCACCCUGUUGUCGCUCACCCCUCCUCCGCCCCCUCCUCCUCCUCCCCCCGCCCCUUCGACCAACACCCAGAUGCAGCCCCACCACUUUCAGAACUUAGGGGGUUUUCAGCCGGCGUUGCUUCACCCUGGUGCUGCCGCUAACCCGUCAGUACCCCCAUCAACGUACCCCCCGCCCCUUCAGCAGACCGGACUGCCUCCACCUCCCCCACCUCCUCCCCAACAGACUCAGCAAGGCCAGGCUCAGGCCGCUGCCUCCCAGAUGCCUACUGGGACUCGUGGAGCCCCCACGUCCUCGACACCCUUCCACAGUUCGGGGUACCUGAGCACAGGGUGGCACUGACCGCCUUCCUCUGUGCUGCUGCGCCCCCCCAGCCCCUAAGAACUCAGCCCAGAGAGGGGCGUGUACAUUAAGCUGUAGAUAUGUUUUCUAUGUACCUGAACACAUGGCCAGUGGAAAAACAGCUGAUUGUGGGAUAAAAGGGUACUUUUUAAGAAAAAGAAAAAAAGGACAGAAAAUUUUAGAAACAAAGACAGUGACACAAUCUUCAAGAGAAACUGUAAGACAACAAAAAAAAAAAAAAAAAAAAAUUGAAGAUGGACGAUGCCCCCUACCACCCCCCUCCGGUGCUCAUAGCCCCCCUCUCUGGCCUCCUUUUUUGUUUUUAUAUAUCCUUCCUGUGAUGGAGAUUAAAACUCUCUGUUCUGUGUCUUGUUUGGACUCCCGUUGUAAGACCCCCGCACUUUGUUAAUCAAUGGACAUUCCAGCCUAUAUCCCCCCUUUUCCUCCUCUUCCUCUUAUUCUUCCUCCUCCUCUUCCUCCUUUUGUCAGUUAUUCCUUUUUACUUCCUAUUCUCUCUUGUCUGUUGUCUGCUCUCUUACACCAUUUAUUUGUUUUAAUCUAGUGGCUCAUUAUAGCAAAGAGAAAAGCUUUUUGUAUAGAGAAAAAAAACACAAUUAUUUUUUUUAUUCCUCUGUCUAACAACAAAUAUCUGUUCACCGCUGCAGAUUCAGAAAAAGACCCGUUUCUGGGAGCCUGCCUCACUGACCCGGGAGGCUGCACUCGUUGCGUGUUUGUACGUAUGCGUGUGUGUGUUUGUGUUACAGGGUGUAAAGGCGUAAAUGUCUGCCUAGUUUGACAACCAGAGGAGGAAACAAGUGUGUGUGUGAGUGUGUGAGUGAGAUUUCGUAUAACGAGUGCUCAUCAGCCUCCCGAGGUAGGCAGAGUGGUCUCGCCCACAGGUAGGAUGUUAGCGGUUUAUUUUUGAAUAUCAAUGGUUAUUUGUAGAAAGUGUAAUUUAAUGUAUAGGUGGUUACUCCAGCUUUCACCAGGAACAGGUUGUAAAUAUUUGCUUCUUUUCUUUUCUAUGCUUGUACAAUUCGCUCCCAUCCCCAUUUUGAAAUAUGGUUGUAAAUACAAAACGCUCUUCUUGGCAAAGCUGAAUGUUUCUGUGACUGUAGCAUUAUUAUUUUUAUUUUUUCUUUCCCUCUCUGGAUUCUUCAACUUUUUGUCUUUUUUUUUUUUUCUUUUCUUUUUUUUUUAUUUUAUUAUUUGUGUGUGUGAGUGUAUGUUUGUGUGGAGGGGAGAAACUCACAGACACUGCACUGGUUGGCUAUUUUCAUGGUUCAUUAUAAUAAAUCACUGUAAUGACAGUUUUAUACCA